GAACUGAGAAAGUCCUACCAAGUUGCCAACCCUUACUUACAAAGAGAGAGAUUAAUCAUAUUAAGUUGGUCCCACCACAUCACAUCCGUCCAAACAAUCCUAUUCAGUAUUGACUCACUCUGAUGAGACUGCACGUACAGAUACGUGUCAGUGUCCCGCGUCUCAUGUGAACAUUACCCCAACCAGAACUCAAACUUUCUUAAUCUCAUUACAUCACCGGAUCACCAACUCCAAUGCCUCUCUGUCUCUGUCUCUCUCUGUCUCUCUGUCUCUCUCUCUCUCUAGCUCUCUCUCUCUCUAAACCUCAAUCUUCAUCCCCAAUUGUUUCAGCAACAAUUAAACCAUGAAGAAGCUCUACCGAAAGGGCACGGUUCAUCCGUCACCGCCAAUCAUAUCAGACCACCUGGCCUUCCUUCCCGCCACCAUCCUCACCCUGGCGGCGGCUCUGUCACCCGAGGAUAGAGAAGUUUUGGCGUACCUCAUCUCCUGUUCUAACAGCUCCGUUAACUUAUCCUCUUCCUCCUCGUACGCUCCUCCACGUAAUAAGACAUCCGCCGCCGCCUCCAAAAAGACGGCAGCAGCAAAAGGCGGCAUCGGCAGCGGUGGGGUCGGCGGGGACCACCUGGCUAGGUUUAACUGCAACUGCUUCAGGUGCUACACGAGUUACUGGGUCAGAUGGGACGAGUCGCCAAAUCGCCAACUCAUCCACGAGAUCAUCGAUGCUUUCGAAGAUGUGCUGCUGACUGAGAGCAAAGGGUUUUCAUCAAAGAGUAGUAGGAAGGAGAGGAGGAACAAGAGUAGGGUUAAUAAUGGCUCGGGUGAGUUGAAGCGGUCAGAGUUGAGUGUGAAAAAGAAGGAGCUGGCUCAGUCUCACACGGCGGAUCAAGAGGCCGGUGACGGUGGCGGUGGCGGUGACGGAGGCGGAGAGGUUGACGAGGAAGACUCGGAAAAAGGGUCAGUGAGAAGGUUUGUGGGCUUUCUUGGAGAGAGAAUAUUUGGUGUGUGGAGUCAAUAAGUAUUAGGUUAAGAUGUUCUCCUCCCCUGAAGACAGCAAUUAAGCUCUAAUACGGCUUAAUUAAUGAGGUGGGGUUUAGCUAAUUCCAUCUUCUUCAUCUUCAUGUUCAAAGAGAAGACUACUUUAUUUCUUUUUUGUGGGUUGUCCGUAAAUUACCCUUUCAAGUUCAUGUAAAAAGAAAAUGGGUAAUUAAAUUUUGACUUUUUCA